AUGGCAGAGGCAGGGGCCGAGCUGAGUGAGACCCUCACUGAGACAGCGGUUACCGUGACAUCAGAGCCCGAGAAUCAGAGCCUAACCAUUAAACUUCAGGAACGGAAGCCAGAGAAAAAAAUAGAAUGGACGACUGACACUGUGGACAAUGAACAUAUGGGGCGUCGCUCAUCAAAAUGCUGCUGUAUUUGUGAGAAACCUCGGGCAUUUAGUGAAAGCUCCACUGAGAGUGAGGAGGAUGAAGAACGCUGUGGUCAUACACACUGUGUACGGGGUAAUCGCAAAGGAUGGCAUCAUUCAACCCCAGGACGCACCCCAACUACUCCCCCUCCCCCAGCCUCCUGACCCAUCUCAGCCCCCUCCAGGACCUAUGAAGCAUUAAAUCCCUCUCACCAUUCUUGUGUCUGCCUGGUCCCAAAUGUAUCCAUCUGGCUACAUGGGGAUUCAACCCAUGGUCUGAUCCCUUCUCCCGCCCCCUUCUUCCCUCUCCUGCCUGAU